GGAGAGAGGGAGGGCGAGCGACUGAGGCGACCGCACGCGCGGCCGGAGAGGGACCGGGCGCGGGACGGGGGACGCAGCGGCCGUGAGCGCAGCGCCAAGAGGAAGAGGACGACGAAGACGACGAAGAGAUCCUCCUCCCUUGUUCCGUCGAGCCGAGCCGCGGGGCCGCCGCCGCGGGGGCGACUCGGCUUGCAUGGGACCGUGCUGUCCGGGCGCCUUGGGGAGACCGACCGAGGGGGGGCGAGGACGGCAUCGGGGGGUCGCCGCGGGGCGCCGGCUCGGAGCGCAGCGCCGGGGCGGAGCGGCCCCCUCGUCGUCACCGCCGCGGGACGAGGCUUGCAUCGGAUGGAAUGAAAUGAGAUCGACGUGCAAGCGCCGCCAUGGAGAGCUGUGAAUUCUCAGCCGCACCGGGGGGACACGACGGGGCCCGCCGCGGCGGCGGUGGCGCCGGGAGUCCGUCGGAGGGAGAAGGGGGGGCGGGGGCACUGGCGGCCGACCUGGGCCCGGCCGAGGGCCGCUCGCCGGCGCCGCCCGAGCCGAAGGGCGCCGUGCGCGGCCGCACGGAGCGCCGGCGGGCCGCUCCGCUCGACUCCGACGAGAAAGAGAGCAACGGGGAGGGGAGGGCAGACGGAGAAGAGGAGGGGGACGAGGAGGAGCUGGACAAGGAGUUUGAGGAGGAGGAGGAGGCCGACGAGAGCGACGUAGAGAACCUGUCCGGAGAGAUCGUCUACCAGCCGGACGGAUCCGCCUACGUCAUCGACGGCGGAUCGGGCCCCGGCGGGGGCUCCCCGCGCUCCCUCGACGGCGUCCUCCCGUCGGCGCAGGCCCUCCUGCUGAGCGCGCUUGGCCAGCGGCCAGACGGUGCGCCCCCCGCGGCCGCCUUCCCGCGCAUCAUCAGCACCUGCCACAUCGCGGCGGCCUCCUCGCUCGGCAAACGCCUCUGCCGGGACGCGGAGCCCGCCACCUUCCCAAAUACCUCAGCGCUCGCGCGCAGCCCGGUCCUUCACAGCUUUCGUGUGUACGACGUGCGACGGGGCGUCCCCGGCGGCGAUAGCUGCGCCAAAACCUCUCUCGUGGCCAAAGACAAUUCGGACCCGGCCCAAAGGCGGCCGCCUGCUUUCGAGAGGCCGGCGCGGCACGGCGACGGGAAGCAGAAGCCCAUCUUGAUGUGCUUCCUCUGCAAGCUUUCGUUCGGCGCGGCGAGGUCCUUCGCGGCGCACGCCGUGCAGGAGCACGCCGUCGCGCUCGUGGCCGAGGAGCGCCGGCUUCUCAAGCGCCCGGGGACGUCCGCCAUAGUCCAGGGCGUCGGCAACGACAAGGAGCCGCUAGUCAGCUUCCUGGAGCCCGAGGCGACGGAACUGCCGGCGCCGCAGGCCAUGGCGAAGGCGGCGGUCGGCCUCGUGAGCCCGGGGCUGUGCGGUUUCAUCAGCAGGUCGCCCAACGCGGGGGCUUCCCCUGCGGCCGCUGAAAAGCCGGCGCAGCCGCUGAGCGUCAGUUCUGGCGCGUUCCUGGCACCCAAAUCCCCUUUUACCUCAACUGCUCCCCUUGGGCGACUGCCCUCCAACCUCUGUGUGGAAGACCUCGGGAGAGGAAGGUCUCCCGAGAAGAGCACGGAUGCGGGAUUAAGUCAAAAGGGCUCCUCCCACGAGGAGCAUGAAAAUAACAAUCCUGAGGAGGAAAAUGACGAUGACCUCAAUGAUGAUGAGAUGUACGAUGAUGAUGAUGAUGACAUAGACGAUGUGGAUGAAGUACCUCGAGUUUCACUAGUUGACAACCCUCACAGCAGCAGUGAGCUUUUAACCCUCUCAAACCAAAGCAUUUUUAAACCUUCUUUUCUGACGCCUAGCGUGCUAAACUCUACUACUCCAAAGGCUAACUCAUCUACCUUCAUAGCUUUCAUGGACGGCAGUGCUGGCGCGAGCGCGAGCGGCGCCGGCCUCGGCAUUGCCGGCAACACAAACAGCAGCAGCAGCGACGACGCGGAUCCGCAGAAACUGCCCAAAGACGGUCUCACAGACGAGGAGAGGACGGGCGAGGCGAGGGCCUCGGAGGAGGGCGGCGUGCCGGCCGCGCUGCACAGCCCGCCACCGCCGCUGGCCAUGCCAACGCUGGCGCUGCCAUUCGGCGAGUGCCACGGGCAGCACCCGGGCGGUUCGGUGGAGUGCCCCAAGUGCGACAUGGUGCUGGGCUCGUCACGCUCGCUCGGCGGGCACAUGACCAUGAUGCACUCGCGCAACUCCUGCAAGACGCUCAAGUGCCCCAAGUGCAACUGGCACUACAAGUACCAGCAGACGCUGGACGCCCACAUGAAGGAGAAGCACCCAGAGCCGGGCGACGCCUGCAACUUCUGCAAGUCGGGCCAGCCGCACCCGCGGCUGGCGCGCGGCGAGAGCUACACGUGCGGCUACAAGCCCUUCCGCUGCGACGUCUGCAACUACUCCACCACCACCAAGGGCAACCUGAGCAUCCACAUGCAGUCCGACAAGCACCUCAACAACAUGCAGAGUCUGCAGAACGGCGGCGCGGUGCCCGCGCGGUCGCCCGGCGCAAUGGGGGGCGACCAGCCGCCGCAAUCGUGCGCGGCGUACGCGGGCACGCCGUCGUCGCCCGUGCAGUCCCUCGCCGGCGGCGGGGCCACGGCGACCUCCUGCGCGGCCGCGGCGGCGGCGUCGUCCUCUAUGUCCACGGCCGCCGCCGGCGCCACCUCCGCCGCGUCGACGUCCGGUUCGGCGGCGUCCGUGCCGUCCCCGUCGCCGUCGCCGACCAGGGCCAAGCCCAAGCCGACAUGGCGCUGCGAGGUGUGCGACUACGAGACCAACGUGGCGCGCAACCUCCGCAUUCACAUGACGAGCGAGAAGCACAUGCACAACGUGGUGUUGCUGCAGCAGAGCAUGAAGCAGAUGCAGCAGCACCAGCAGCAGCAGCAGCACGGCCUGGCCGGCCUGGCCCAGGGCUCUGCGGCGGGAGGCAUGUCGGGCCCGGCGGGCCUCGGCCCCACCGAGGCGGAGCUCUACCAGUACUACCUGGCGGCGGCGGCUGCGGCGGCCCAGGGGAUGGGCCACCCCGGCCUCAAGCUGGACAAGGCCACGGAGCAGCAGUAUCUCCUGGGGGGAUUCCAGCUGGACCCGAGCACGGGCCUGGCCGCUCUGCCCCCGGGACUCGUGGGGAGCGACCUCGCCAUGGACCCGCGCCUCGCCUCCAUGGGCGGCCAGCACCUGGUGGGGGUGGACCCCGAGCUGCUCGGCCUCUCCGCCGGCUCGGCCGAGCCCUCGGCGGCCUCCGCCGACCCGGCGCUGCGGCUCUUCCAGUGCGCCGUGUGCGGCGUCUUCACCACGGACGCGCUGGAGGCGCUGGCGGCGCACGCCGCCGCCGAGCGCUCUCUCCCCGAGGCCGAGUGGAAGGCAUCGGGGGCGGACGGCGCGCACACGUGCCGCCUGUGCCAGUACGGCACGCCCCUGCGCGCCAACUUCCAGCUGCACUGCAAGACGGACAAGCACGUGGCGCGCUUCCAGCUGGUGGCGCACAUCCGCGAGGGGGGGCGCGCCAGCGAGUGGCGCCUCAAGUGCGCCGCGCUCGGCAGCCCCGUGCAGCUGCGCUGCAACGCCUGCGACUACUUCACCAACAGCCUGGAGAAGAUGCAGAUGCACGCGGCGAGCCCCCGGCACGAGGCCAGCCUCUGCCUCUACAAGUUCCUGCAGCAGCAGGACGCAGCUGUGCGUCCAGAGGCGCGCUCCUACCACUGCACGCUGUGCGACUACGGCACGCGCUCGCGCCUCAACCUGCUGCAGCACGCGCGCUCCCUCAAGCAUCAGCACAACGAGGGGCUCCGCCGCAUGCACCUCACCGCCCAGCAGCAGCAGCAGCAGCAGGCGGCGGCGGUGGAGGCGUCCGAUCGCAGCGCGAGCAGGGAACGAGCUUUUGCCCAGUUCUUUGUGGUGCGCGAAGCUCCGGCGAGCGAGAGUGAUAACCAAACAGAAGAUGCCAAAGGUAGUGCAGACCCUGCCGCACUGGACAAGGAGGUGGCCAAGGAGCCGUGGGGAGAGGAGGAGAAAGCGUCUGAGAAAGAGACAGGUGCUGGGGAUGGAACCAAAGAUGCGAGCGGCAGAGUUGCAGCGGGGAAACGGGUGCCAGCCGACGGGGAUGAGGACAAAAGCGUCGCACCAAAACGAGCCAAAGCUACGGAAGACGGCGGCGGCGGCAAGCCUGACCAGCAGCAGCAACAGCAGCAGGUGUUCCAGUGUCCGUACUGCACGUACCAGAGCGGCGACGCGGCGCGCAUCCGCGUGCACGUGGUGUCUCAGCACUCGGUGCAACCCGCGCUACGCUGCCCACUCUGCCAGGACCUGCUCGGGAGCAAAGUUCAUCUGCAGCUGCACCUCACCCAUCUGCACAAUGUCGCCCCGGACUGCGUCGACAAGAUCAUUGCAUCGAUGUCGUCACCGGAGAUGAUGGUACCGAGUUCUGCGUUCCUGCCUGCCGGGGCGUCGGAGGGCGAUGGACACCAACACAACAGCACCGUGAGAGUCGCUGCUGAGGACGCGACAAAACCCUUGGGCAAUAAGGAAGACUACGAGAGGGCUGGCACCUCGCGCGAAUUGUCAGAACAUGCCACGGAGCGGUCCGGCGAGCAGACCACGAACAAAGAUGACAAAAAGGAAGAGCAGCAAAGCAAUGCGAGGGUUGCGGGCGCGACGCAAGGUUCCUUGGCGGGAGACUCCGUGACGAAGCGGGUGCAGUUGCCCGUGUCCGACCGGCACGUCUACAAGCACCGGUGCCCGCAGUGCAGCCUCGCCUUCAAGACGCCCGAGCGGCUGCAGGCGCACCUGCAGUACCACGUCAUCCGCGCCGCCACCGCGUGCGCCCUCUGCCAACGCAGCUUCCGCUCCAUCCCCGCGUUGCGCAAGCACCUGGAGACCAGCCACCCGGAGCUGGCCGACAUCCAGGUGCAGCAGCUCUGCGGAAGCCUGCAGAUCGCCAACGGCGACUUCAAGUCGCUACCCGAGACGGAGGAGGAGCUCUCCCUCCCGGCAGAGGCGGACAAGGAUGAGGACAGCGACCCCGACGGGAAGCAGAGCCCCACGGGAAGCGACGGAGGGAUCUUCGGCCAGGAGGACCCCACGAUGGAGGCCAAACGAGCUGUGAUUCCCCGCAAGUGCACCAGCUUUGCCAUGGAGAAGUUUCUGGACCCCUCGCGGCCGUACAAGUGCACCGUCUGCAAAGAGUCCUUCACCCAGAAGAACAUUCUCUUGGUGCACUACAACUCCGUCUCACACCUGCACCGCCUGAAGAAGGCCCUGCAGGAAUCGUCGAGCCCCGGCUCCGGAGGCGAGCGGUCAGAACCGGCCAACGGGAUUGACAACAAACCCUACAAGUGCAUGACCUGCAACGUGGCCUACAGUCAGAGCUCAACGCUGGAGAUCCACAUGAGGUCGGUCCUGCACCAGACCCGGGCGAGGGCGGCCAAGUUGGAGGCGGCGAGUGGCAGCGGAUCGGGCAGCAGUGGCAGCGCGACGACUGCGAGUUCCGGCAAGUCGGCCGCGCCUGACGUGACUGGUGGCGGUGCGGCAAACGCCGCCACCACCGGCAGCAGCGGCGCAAGCAAGAGCAGCAGCGGCGGUGGCGGAGGUAACAUCGGCGGCGCCGGCGGCAGCAGCGCCACCGCAAGUUCUUCAUUGUCCUCCAUGGAGCAGAAGGAGCUGAACAAGAAACGGUCAUCUGAGGGAUCGAGCAUGAAGCAGAAGCAGCAGCAGCAGACCGUGCAGUCAACAAUGCAAGCCCAGGCCCAAGCACAUAUGCAGGCCCAGUUUCAGGUGCAGGUGCAGGCACAGCUGCAGGCGGCGCAUGCCCAGGCACAGCUGCAGGCACAAGCACAGGCCCAGCUGGAGUUUCAGCAGCAGGCGGCCCUGCUGCAGUCGCAGCUCUUCAACCCUGCAUUUUUCCCGCACUUUCCUUUCUCGCCAGACGCCCUGCUGCAGCUGCAGCAACAACAGCAGUUCCUGCUGCCCUUUUACAUCCCAGGAACCGAGUUCCAAUUCAACCCCGCCGACCUCGGGCUGCCCAUGUCUGCGUCGGUCGCCAUGCAGGGGCCUGCCAGCGCCGUGCUGGGUGAGCUCAAGCACCAAGCUCAGAAGCAGCAACAGCAGCAACAGCAGCAGCUACAACAAAUGCAGCAAGACCAAAAACAACAACAACAGGAUCUUGAACAGCAGUGUUUGGAGCAGCAGCACAGGCAGCUGGAACACCUGCAGCAGCAGCAGCAGCAGCAACAACAACAACAACAGCAGCAGCAGCAUAAGAUGCAAAUUUUGAAGGAAGAUUCCGAGAUGAUGCAUUAUUCAUCGCAAGAUGACGCUCAGCCAAUAAAUCUGAAACAAGCUGAGGAGAGGCACGAACAGUCGGAUGAAAAAGAGUUUUUAGAAUCAAAAGCCAGAUCGCAAUCCGAGAUUAGGGCUGUUUUAAAGCUGAGCCAUUCGGACUCAAACAUGCCGCCCCCUCGCAUCCCGUUUGGCUGCCGCGGCAACGCCACACGGGCGCUGCUGGAGAACUUUGGUUUCGAGCUGGUGAUCCAGUUCAACGAGAACCGGGGACGGACCCAGAGACGCGGCCGCAACGGCGACAACGGCGAAGCGCUCGAAAGGCUCGAGUGCACGACGUGCGGAAAACUCUUUUCGCACAUUCUCAUCCUCAAGAGCCACCAGGAGCAUAUCCACGGACAAUUUUUGCCCUUCGCCGACCUGGAGAAAUACGCGAGCCAGUACCGCGAGACGUACGACAAGGUGUACCCAAUGGAGACGAUGCUCUCCGAGCCCCUCGCCCUGCCCCCGCUCCCUCCCCCACCCGCAAAUGUACAGCCGCAGCCCCAAGCGCAGACCCCGUCGCAGCACCAGCCUCAGUCCCAAAUGCAGCCGCAGCAGCAGCAGGUACCACCACCUCAGCCGCCACAGCCUCAACCUCAGUCAGCUUUGUCUGCUCCUUCUCCUCUACCUCUACAGCAGCACCAACAUCAGCAGCAGCAACAACAGCAGCAGCAGCAACAACAGCAGCAGCAACAGCAGCAACAGCAGCAACAACACCAACAACAACCACAGCAGUCCCCAAAGCUUCCUACUAUGGCGCCACAACUGUCAACCACUCCUCAGCCAACACAAACUCAAGUCAGCCUUGUGCCACCGCCUCUGGACAUGCCGCUGUUCUCUCCUCUCAUGAUGCAGUCCAUGCAACUUCCUCCCGGCCUCUCGCAAUCCGCAGCAACUUCGGUGGAGGCUCUGAGUGCCGAGCUAGCUCAGUUCUACCAGCAGCAGCUGGACGCCAACUUCAUGCAGCAGCAGAACAAACGGCCACGCACACGAAUCACGGACGAUCAGCUGCGCAUCUUGCGUGCUCAUUUCAAUAUCAACAAUUCUCCUAGCGAUGAGCAGAUACAGGAAAUGUCCGAAAGGUCCGGUCUGCCACCUAAGGUCAUUAAGCAUUGGUUCCGAAAUACGUUGUUCAAGGAGCGACAGAGAAACAAAGAUUCCCCGUACAACUUCAGCAAUCCUCCCACGACCUCACUGGAGGAGAUGAAGAUCAUGGAGUCACAACCACAGACACCCGAGUCAGUAAAAUCAGACCAAUCUUCCAGCAGACGUUCCUCGAGAACUCGAUUCUCUGACUAUCAGCUGAGAGUUUUGCAGGAUUUCUUCGAUGCAAACGCGUACCCAAAAGACGACGAGAUCGAACAGCUGUCGACGCUGCUGAACCUUCCGACGCGCGUCAUCGUUGUUUGGUUUCAAAACGCGCGACAGAAAGCCCGGAAGAAUUACGAGAAUCAGGGCGACGGCAAGGAGCAAGUUGAGCGGAAGGAGCCGGGCAGUGAGCGGUAUAUCCGCACGGGGAACAUGAGCUACCAGUGCAAGAAGUGCGAGGUGGUGUUUCAGCGCAUCUUUGACCUCAUAACGCACCAGAAGAGGCACUGCUACAGGGACGAGGAAGAGGAAGCUGCUUUGGACAGUCAGGCAGAUGAUUCCAUUGAUGGCGUGGAUCAAGGAUCUCAGCAUCAGUACGCAUCCAGUUCUGGGACUCCGGGUCAAACAUCGGCAACUCCUCCGAGUCCCAACGUGCUAGAAAAAGACAAAGAGACGAAGGCUGAACCUCGGGUCAAGGCCCCACACGUUAAUCCUGAACCCAAAGAAGAAAGAGAAGAGAAACCAAAGCGAGCAGAAACUUCCCUGCCUCAGCAACUGCAGCAACAGCAACCUCCGUUGAAACGACCAGCACAGACUGCCUCCGAGUCUUUAACACCGACCCAGUCGUCCACAUUUGCCCAAAACCCUUUUCAACUGCCGACCUCAUCGCAGUCCCAGCUGCCAAUGAACUACCAGUGUGAACAGUGCAAGAUGGUUCUGCCCAGCUUUGAGCUCUGGCAGGAGCACCAGCGACUGCAUUAUCUUGCCCCACCUGGCCACUUCUUGCAUUCGCAGCUGAUCGACCAGCGGCCGCCGGGACUUGACAUGCCGCUGCUGUUAUUUGACCCGACGAAUCCGCUCAUGGGAGGGCAAUUUAUGCAGACGACAAACCUGAGCUCUGCACAGUCAUCCUCCCAGUCGGCGUCCUCUCCCACCUUGUCAACGUCUGCGAGCAGUGCCCUCAAACGGAAGCUGGACGAAAACCCAGGGGGAAGCCUCGGAGAUGCUGACACGUCCACCAACAGCUUAAACAACUCCGAAGACCAACCGAGGGACAAGCGACUCAGAACCACGAUCACUCCGGAGCAGCUCGAGAUAUUAUACCAGAAAUAUCUGCUCGAUUCGAAUCCUACUCGUAAAAUGUUGGAUCACAUUGCACACGAAGUCGGGCUGAAGAAACGCGUGGUGCAGGUCUGGUUUCAGAAUACCAGAGCGCGCGAGAGAAAGGGACAUUUCAGGGCCGUGGGCCCCGCACAGGUUCACCGGCGGUGUCCAUUUUGCCGAGCUCUGUUCAAAGCACGAACGGCGCUCGAGGCCCACAUCCGCUCACGACAUUGGCACGAGGCCAAGCGGGCCGGGUACAACCUCGGCCCUUUGCCGUCCUCCCAGGAAGCAGAAUCUUCUGCUCAGAUGCAGCAACUGUUAGACGACGGGUCAAUGGAUCAGCAUGACCUGGGCACCUCACAACCGUAUAAAAUGAUGUCUGACUUCAUGGCUUCGCACGAGUCAACAUCCAUGCUGAACAAACCAUCCGAUUUAUCACCGGGGUCGAACCUCAGCCCCGGGUCCGUGAAGGUCGAGGGCAUGGACGACAUUGAGAGUCCAACUCUUUCUUCCGCUCACACGAGUUUCGAUCACGGGAAGAUCGACAAUGACGACUGCUCUUCUAUUAACACGGCCAUCACAGACAACACCACAGGAGACGAGGGACAUAAUGACACAGACAGCAACUCUGGGCUGCUCAGUGACAUGAAGUCAUCGGCACGUGGCGACGCACAACAGCAAUCGAUAGCCACUCCGACCAGCGAUCAAGGGAGCGAUGACAGGUCCUGGGCAGGUCUAGUGAGCCCUGGCAUGAGCUACAGUGCUCGGGAUAAUGACAACGAAGGCAUUGUGGAUCACAGCGAGACCUCCAGCAUAGCAGACCCGGGCUCCCCCAGCGUUCAGAGCAACAGCGGUUCCUCAACAGCGAAGACAUCUGGAAUGUCUUAUAGCGGAGACAGGCCAGGCUUGAAACGCUUCCGCACCCAGAUGUCCAACUUGCAGUUGAAGGUCCUCAAGGUCUGCUUCAAUGAUUAUCGCACGCCGACCAUGCAAGAGUGCGAAAUCCUCGGCAAUGAAAUCGGACUGCCGAAGCGUGUGGUCCAGGUUUGGUUCCAGAACGCCCGUGCCAAGGAGAAGAAGUCCAAGCUGAGCCUCGCCAAGCAGUACGGCAUCGACCAGCCCGAAUACGACAGCCCCAAAAUGGAGUGCACCGUCUGCGGCGUCAAGUACGGGCCCCGGCUGACGGUGAGGGACCACGUGUUCGCCAUCUCCCACAUCGACAAGGUGCGGGAGAGCGUGGGCAGCCAGCUCGACCGCGAGAAGGAAUACCUGGAUCCCUCGACCGUCCGGCAGCUCAUGGCGCAGCAGGAGUUCGACCGCAUCAAGAAGGCAAACGAAGUGCUCGGUAUCUCCUCGGCGCAGCAGCAGCAGCAGGGAGGGUUCGACGGUUCGCAGAUGCAGGCCAUGAACCUCGCUGCUGCAGCCGCUUCCUCCUACCCCGGCCUGCCUCCCAUGCUCCUGCCGGGCAUGGCCGGCAACUCGUCCCUCCCAGGGUUCCCCCCAGUAUCCUCGGCUCUGACAGCGCCGGGUGCCGGCGUGCUCAGCCUGCCCACUGCCGGCAUUCCUUCUCCUGGUCUGCCGCUGCCCGUGAACGCCGGAAAGCCGCUGAAGAGCCCCGACCCUCAGACGUCGAACACCUUGACGGUCGCAGCCACGACCACGAAGCCUCACCCCAGGCUCGAGAAGGAGCAACUUGCAGAGAAGGGCAAGGAGAAGGUGCAUGAGCACGUGGCACGAAAGGACAGAAAUGCCGAGAGCAAAGUCAAAAACGAAUUUCCCAGCACGAGCGGGGCGGUCGCGUCGACGUCCGCGGCGCAGACGGCCCACGAAGGAAGCGUCGGCGCUGGCGGCGGCGGCAUGGACCCCGCCCAGCUGCAGGCUCUGCAGGCCGCCCUAGCGGUCGACCCAGCGGCGCUGCUGGGCGGACAGUUCCUGCCCUACAUCAUGUCGGGAAUCCCACCGUACUACACGCAGCAGAUCCCCACGUCGGCCGCCACGGGCCUGCCGCCGGGCUACCUGCCGCCCUUCUUCGGCAUGGAGACGAGCUUCUUCCCGUACAACGCGGCCCUCUCGCAGGCCGUGGCGGCGGGCCUCUCGCCGGGGUCGCUGCUGCAGCAGUAUCAGCAAUAUCAGCAAAGUUUGCAAGAUGCUCUCAGCCAUCAGCAACAACAACAGCAGCAGCAACAACAGCAUCAGCAGCAGCAGCAACAACAGCAGCAGCAGCAACAGCAGCAGCAGCAGCAACAGCAGCAACAGCAGCAGCAACAGCAGCAACAGCAGCAGCAACAACAGCAGCAACAGCAGCAGAGGCAGCAGCAGCUUGGCUCGCCUGGGGUUGUGGUACAGAACGCAGUGGAGCAACGGAAGGAGCCGUCCGUAGGAGAGCACGAACGGAGCGACAAGCCGAGGCUGACCGAGAGCAAAGGCACAGAUUCGCUGGAUAUAUACGUGGUAACGGUGGUGACGGGGAAGCCUGGGGUGGCGUGCCGGAAGUGCCAGGCGGUUUUUGGCGACGAGGUCUCGGCGCUCGCGCACCAGCGCUCGCUCUGCUACGCCGGGCAGAGGCCCGCCAGCGCCAGGGAGACGCUGGUGCGCGUGCCGCCCACCGACGACAUCCACUGCUGCCUGGCCUGCGACGCGACACUGAGCGGCCGCGAGUCGCUCGCUCGCCACCUGCGCUCCGGCGAGCACCGGCAGCGUUCCGCCCGGCGCGCCGCCCAAUACGCCAAAGAGCACGCCCGAGUAUUACCUCACUCCGCACGCGAUCCCGAUCAUGACGCAGCAUCUACCUCGCAGACGGACGCCACUCACCCAGCCGAUGGAAACCGAUCGCUCUCCUCCUCAUCCUCCUCCGCGCCGCAGAACGAGCCCGCGCCCCGCGGAAAUGGUGGCGCCACCGCCGCCGCCCUCCCCCUCGGCGCGUCGACGGUUACCUCAGCGUCAUCCCGCAGAGCCUCAGGGGUCCAGACUUCGCCCCCUCCUUGGGACAGCUGCUCGGACGAGUCUGAGAGCGAGCUGAGCCGUGCAUCGGAGGACUCCGAGCGGCCCGCGGGGAGCAGGGCCCCCCGGGCGGUGGCCCCCCUGGACAGCGGGAGCACGGGUAGUGCGCAGCUUGCCACGGACUUCCUUCGCGUGUAGCCUAGCCAUGGGGAAGGGAGGGUUUUAUUGUGUGUGUUAUUUAUAUGAUGAAGAUAAAUGAUGAUGGUGAUGACGACGAUGGUAGUGGUAGCGGUGAUGGCGAUAAUAAUGACGAUAUUAUUAUUAUCGACAGUAAUAAUAAUAUUAAUGAGAUCCUCUGGAUCCUCAAUAAUAAUAAAAUAAUAAUAAUGAAUGGGAAGGGUUUUAUCAACAGUCAAAAACCAAUUACUACUAACUACUAUUCCAAAGCUCCUAAUCAAAACCAAAAAUAAUUUGACUUCGGAUUGUUCUUCCCAUAUUGAUAUGCUGGCUUGAGGAAUAGUUUCUAAUUGUGUGUGUUUAUAAAUGGUCAAAAAAGGCACAGUUGCUGUUACGUUUUUAUUUGACACUUUGUUUUUAUUUUGUGCUCUACUUUUAAAACGGCAAAAGAAAAGAAAAACAAAACUUUAAAAAAAGUUUGGAACAUUUCUGCUGAGGUGCGUUGUGACGGCGCUUCGAAGGGGGUUCAAAAAGCCAAAUACUCGGAGAGGUCACGGGGGGGGGGGGGCAUGGGCGGUGGGGCGCGCGGUGGGGCGAACGGCACAACUGGCGAGCGCAUCCCGCUAGCAUGUGUUAUAUGGGGAUAAUGAUCCAGCAACAUUCUUUGCCUAACUAAUCAUGAACUAUACCAAUGGCUAGCUAUGAAUCUGUGUCUGUAUAUCUCAGGUCAGUAGCUCACACUUAGUUCAAGUUUAAAAAGCUUUUGAUUUCUCUUCUCAUGAGUUGACUUGUCCAUAACAAGCAAAAGCAACUCUUCUUAAUGGGGUUCUUAAAAAUAAAAUAGAUCUUUACUCUCUUGUAGGUCUUCUGUUACGGUAGAGCUUAACAACAUUAAGACGAGAAUUAAAAAAAAAAGUAAAAAAAAGUAGCUCUCCUGUAUUUAUAAUAAAAUGAGUACUGUUUUGAUGUUGGAUAGUUUGUUACUAUGGAGCUAUUACACAAGUACAGUGAUACCUGUGUACACAUUUAUAAUGUUUCACAACUGCUAUGUCUUAGUGUCGUGGACAUUUUGUUUUCCUUUUUUAAUGUGCGAGAUGGAGGCAAAGAAAUCGAAUUGUGUAAAUUUGUGCCAAUGUUCAUUUCCCCUUUCCUCCUUCACCUCUCUCUCUCUAUCUGAACGCCCGAUAUUGAUGAUACAGCUAACACGGUACCGUAGUUUUGUAGCUGCUCGGAUGGACGUCGUGUGAUCGGACAUGUGACGUUUAGGGGAUGUGAUGUUUCCUAAGUGGCUGUUUUAAUUUCUUUAUUCCAUUUAUUUUGCAUACCUUUUACCGCAGCACUUCUUCAGCUCUACUAUAGGUGAUGGUGACGAUGGUGAUGAUGAUGAUCAUGACUAUGAUAGCUCGUUAUAUUCUUUAUUUAAAAUAUUAAUCUUUUACAUUUAAAAAUAGCACUGUCGUUUUAUUGUUUUUUUGGGGGGGGGGCAGGGGCGAGCUUUAGCGCCGCACCUAUUUCCUCUUUCCCAUCGUAGUUUUGUUCCCCUUUUAAUGAUCCAAAGACGUAACUUGGUGCAUAAACGAAAUAGGUGUUGGUGUACUUGAAGUCGGCUCUUUUUUUGGAAAAGGACAAAAAUACGAACAAACAAAAUGGUGUCGAGAGGGGUGGUGACGCCGCCAUCUUUGUUUGUCCUCGCAAACAAAGAUGCUGCUCUAAAAUGUUAAAACGUAACAAUUUUAAAUACGGUGAUAUCAUGAUUUAAGUACAGGUGAAGCAAAGUGAAAAUGUAAAAAAAAUUACAGACGGAAAAACUUUCUGCAGCAAACUUUAAUUUAACACUGCCAGUUAAUAGACGGAACAGCAGUCUAAUUUUUCAAUCGACUUAACAGCUCCCCAUCCUUGUGCUGCUAUUUUGCUUGUGGUUCCGGGUCCGUCGUUGUUGUUGUUGUUGUCGUUGUUGUUAUUUUGUGUACACACCUCAAGUGGCUGCACGCAGCGGGGGCGCGAGAGGCGCCGAUCACGGAGACCGCCGCGCGCUCUGUGGUGAUGGUGGUGGUGGCUUCUCUUUGUAUGGCGCACGCUCAUGCCCGUGACUGUGAAUAUCUUUGAAGUGUGCUAGCAAAAGGAUGUUAUCCACAUUCAUUCCAAACCGGCGUUUUAUCAUCUGUCUACCCAACAUGUUCUUUAAAAAAAACGUACGAGAAAGACAAAAAAAAAUUACUUGGAUUUUUACUUUUACCAUUUUUUUUACACCCGUGCUGUAUAUAUUUCUUUUGCAGUCAGUGGAAAUAAAACACUUAGCUUUCCGUACUAUGUACAAAAGCAUGACAUUAAUUUCAUCUUUUUUGCACAGCUAAACAUGGCUUUGAAGAUAAAUUACCCCCUCCCCCCAUUACUGUUCGACUAAAGAAGUGUGCGAUGGAAUUUUCUUUCUUUGGUGUUCAUUGUUUCGUUGUCGUGUCUGUCUCCCUGUGUUUUAUUAUUCAGUCGAGGAAUUCUGUUUCGUAAACAUCAAAGCUGAAACUGUAGCAUUUAAACGAAGGUUCACAACAGAUGCACAUUUGACAACGCUUUCCACUGGAUCUUUUAGCUCUUUUUUUCAAUGUUUUUGAGAUGCUGUUUUCAUAAUUUGUUUAUAACCAACACUGCAAAUAUUGAUAUUGUUUUUCAGAGUGAAUAUCAAAUGCCAUCACUUUAAAUGUUGCAUGAUUGUAUGGUGUUCUCCAGGUCUGUGUGUGUUUUUUGUCAGAAUUGACUGCUGGGCAGAUCGUACCAAGACCUCUUUAAGUCCACGGUAUCAACACUAAACGUUACAAAACAAACAAACUACAUUAGCACGAAAAAUGCUUUAAUUCACAAUUUUUUUUUUAAAGCCAAAAAGUUCCGAAGGACUUGUAGCGUGUGGGAUUGUGCCACGUUAAACAUAGGACGUAUAAAUACAAUUUGGUUGUUAUUGAAAAACGAGUUAAUGCAGAGUGCAUAUAUUCCUUGACAGCUGAAGCCCGUGUCCCCUCAUACUUUUGUUACCUUUGUACACAUACCCUUGAUGAUUUUGCUUAUUUAAUCAAUAGCUGUAACUAUAAAAUGCAGACUAAACCAAAAAAAGCUGUUGAUGUUUUCUAUUACGGAACGUAGUCUUAAUAGUUUUUGUUACUGUACUGUCGAUGAGAAUGAGCUGUACUAUAAUACACUCACUAACAUAACAUACAGAGAUAUAAACUUUUUUUUUUAAUUUGUCGCAAACUUGUCGUUGUCAAAAAACUGGUUUAUUGUAGAAUGUAUUUGAGCUUAUUUCUCUGAAAAAAUGACAUCAUCAGUAUGUUUCUUGCUCAUUGUGAAACAUUAAAAUUAUAAUGAGCACAUCUUU